UCCAUUAUAGUUUGUGAGAGUGUUUUGAAACUGCUGACAAACUAUUCUCCCCAACAGCAACAAGUCACUGAUUACAGAAAAGUUUUCAAUCAAAAAGUGUUUUUUUGGGCCUACAUUUACAUCCAAACCUGAAAAGCUUACAUAUGCACAAGAUUCAACGCAUUUCCAUAUACUAAGAAUUGAAUGGUGUCAACUCAGGCAUGCAGGGUGCGCUUUAUUUGCAGUACUCCAAUGGUGCUAUUGCUAUGCAUGUUGUAGUCUAUCCAAUAUGGUGUCUUCACCCAUGGCAAUAAUCAAAAUGAAGAACAGAACCGAAGAGACCGAAAAUUAAAGCACAUUUUAUGUGCAAUGCAAUUAUGCAAAUAGGAGCACACAGAGAGAGACAGAGUAGAGACCUGCAAAAGUGCAGAAGAUAGUGGGAAGACAUGGUGGGGUGGCCAAAGUGAUCUGAAUGAAGCACUGAAAGAGUGGAAGGGAGCUGGUAAGUGUCUGAAGUGACCCUUCAACCAAACCCACCAUGUGUUUGUUCUAUUUCCUCAAAGUCAAGUCAAUACGUAGCUCAACAUUUUUCAUAAUCUAAGUACACCACCCUCGUACGUAUGUAUGAUCCAAUAUUCCCUUUUAAAAUCUUUGCUUUUUUCCUUUUGAGGAUCUUAUAGUAAAUGCAUACACACUGCACAUAUGCUACUCUAUGCAAUCCCUGUUCACCAACAGUUACCUUCACUUGUUGGAUUUGAACGUUGCUUAAUGUUGAUCCCACACACCUCAAGGACCGGACCCUCUAUAUAUAUCAGUAAGCUGAAUGUAUACUGCAUUCCAUGAAUCUUUUCUUGUGUUGUGAUAAAUUUUAGCCAAUAAUGGACUCAACGCGGAUUGUUAGCAUUGUUCUAUUUGUUUUUAUCCGACUACAACACUCAUUUGGCACUGCUGCAGUUUCAAGCAAUGUCCACAUUAUCUAUUUGGGGGAGAGACGUCAUGAUAUGCCUGAGCAUGUUGAAGACUCUCAUCACAGGAUAUUGUCCGACAUUCUUGGAAGCAAAGAAGCUGCCGUAAAAUCAAUUCUGUAUAGCUACAAGCAUGGGUUCUCAGGCUUCGCUGCUGUCUUAAGUCCAAUUCAGGCUAAACGAAUUGCAGAUAUCCCAGGAGUUGUUUGCGUAUUUCCUCAGAGAAUUUUAAAUUUGCACACAACAAGAAGUUGGGAUUUUUUGCAAGUAAAAUCUCAUUUGAAGAAUGGAAUACUAAGAAGGGCUCAUUUUGGAGCUGCUUCUAUAAUUGGUGUCAUAGAUUCUGGGAUAUGGCCUGAAUCUGAAAGCUUUAAUGAUGAUGGAUUUCAUAGUGUUCCAUCCUAUUGGAAGGGAAUGUGCCAAGAAGGAGAGGAAUUUAACCGUUCCAACUGUAACAGGAAAUUAGUUGGUGCUCGUUGGUAUAUCAAAGGAUAUGAGGCUGAAUUUGGGAAGUUGAACCCAAAUGAUGGAAUUGAAUUCUUGUCACCCCGAGAUGCAGCAGGCCAUGGGACUCACACGUCAUCUACUGCAGCUGGGGCGUCAAUAGAGGGGGCGAGUUUUGCAGAACUAGCAAAAGGGUUAGCCCGAGGAGGAGCUCCUUUAGCUCGGAUAGCAGCAUAUAAAGUGUGUUGGUCCUUUGGUGGCUGUAGCUCUGCUGACAUACUUGCUGCAUUUGAUGAUGCAAUAUCUGAUGGUGUUGAUUUAAUUUCAGUAUCUUUGGGUUCACUCCCUCCUCUUUCAAGUUAUGUGGAGGACCCUGUGGCAAUUGGUUCUUUCCAUGCAGUCACUAAAGGAAUUCCUGUAGUUUGCUCAGCCGGGAAUAUUGGUCCCUCUCCUGAAACAGUUGUAAAUACAGCGCCAUGGGUGAUUACUGUUGCAGCAACUACCAUUGAUAGGGCCUUUCCUAGUGUGAUUACCCUGGGAAGCAAUCAAAUAUUCGUGGGCCAGACUCUCUUUGCAGGGAAAGAAUAUGACAGAUUCUUUCCUAUUGCAUAUGGUGAAGACAUUAAAUCUGCUGAUGCAGAUGAAAAUGAAGCAAGAAGUUGUGAGACUGGAUCCUUGAAUGCAACUUUAGUGAAAGGAAAGGUCCUCCUUUGUUUUGAAUCCCGAUACCAAAGGUCCGCUGUUGCUGCAGCAAGAACUGUACAGGAAGGUCAAGGUGUUGGACUUAUCUUUGCACGGUUUCUUACUAAAGAGGUCACCGUGUGCUUAGACGUCCCCUGUGUCCAUGUGGAUUUUACAACCGGAACAUCUCUCCUUACAUACAUAGCAUCAACCAGCAAUCCCAUUGUAAAGUUCAGCCUUCCAAGGACGAUUGUGGGGCAGCAAAUCUCCCCACAGGUAGCACUCUUCUCUUCUCGAGGACCAAAUUCCCUGUCUCCAACAGUACUCAAGCCAGACAUUGCUGCUCCCGGGGUCGAUAUUCUGGCAUCAUGGUCACCUGCAUCCUCUGAUCAGUCAUUGGAUUCCAAUAAAACUCAACUUCCCAAUCUUAACUUCAAGAUUGUAUCAGGAACCUCCAUGGCAUGCCCUCAUAUAUCUGCGAUUGUGGCUCUGUUAAGAGCCAUCCACCCCACCUGGAGCCCUGCUGCAAUCAAGUCCGCCUUAGUCACAACAGCCUCUUUAACAGACCAGUAUGGGCAGAAUGCAGUUGCAGAAGGAGCUCCACCCAAGCAAGCUGAUCCAUUUGACUAUGGCGGUGGCCAUGUUGAUGCUAACAAGGCCUUAGAUCCCGGCCUAAUAUAUGACAUGGAUCGAAAUGACUAUGCCCAAUUCCUUUGUUCCAUGGGAUACAACAAAACAGCCAUCAGCUGGCUCACCAGGUCACUGCUUCCAUGCCACGCGCCAUCCAAUUUCCUUGUGAACUUGAACCUCCCAUCAAUAACCAUUCCCGCGUUACAGAGGAGCCUGCAGGUAUCGAGAACAGUGACAAACGUAGGCCCCGUGGUUUCCAUUUACACUGCGCGGAUCCAAGCUCCCCCCGGCAUAAAAGUAAGAGUGGAGCCUUCCCUUCUGUUGUUUAACUCUAGUGUUAACAAGGCAAUGUUCAAGGUCACUCUGUGUUCCAAGUUGAGCAUACAAGGAAGCCACUCCUUUGGGAACUUGUUUUGGGAGGAUGGUCAUCAUGUUGUGAGAAUACCCUUGAUUGUUAGAACUAUCAUUCCAGAGUUUCAGGUUUGAAAAUGAACAUAUAUGGAUCCAUCUUGCCUUUGUAUUAAUUCCUUUGUAAUAUUUCAAUAUUUUAUACUUC